CUCUCCGUUUGAUGCCAACCAGCGCUGUGAGCACCAAGGGAAUCAUGCCCGUGCCCAAGAAAGCAGGAGGAAAAAACAGCAAUACUGCAGAAGUGAAGCCGCCACCAUAUGAGCCAAACAUCCCUGAACCCACCACCAGGGCUGACUUCAUGAAACACUGGCUCCCGCUCUCUCUGGAUGAUAAAACUGCACAGAAACUGUUGUGGAUUUCAGAGGGUGGGUCUAAGGUGGCCCGUACAUCAGAUGCCGUCUGCCCAUAUCCCAACAGGCCUGAGAGAUAUGAACACUCACCUCAGGUGCUGUGUAAGGAGGGUCUGAUGGGCUUCAGAGGGUACUGGGAGGUGGACUACGAUGGCUGGGUGGUGAUCGGGGUGGUCUUGGAGAGCGCACCUCGGAGGGUCCAGGAAGGGCGCGGACCCUGCGGCCUCGGGGAGAACAACGGCUCCUGGGGCGUCGGCUGGUCCGGCUCCUGCUACCAAGUGUGGCACAACAGCGAGAACGUGGACAUUUCGCUCCCCGCCUCCACCACCAUAGGUGUGUACGUCGACCAGCCCGCAGGCGUCAUCAAGUUCCUGACGGUAGAGGGUGAGGGCGAGAAGGAGGUGCGGCUGAUCCACAAGUUCAAAGCAGAGCUCCAGGAGAAGAUUUUCCCUGGGUUCUGGGUUGGCACAAAUUCGUUCUGCCUUCUUCGGAAAAAGGAUCAGUGACACAGCGGAGGGCUGAGGAUGAAGAGAUGAAGGGGGUGAUGAAGCAGUGUAAAUGUUAGAAGGUGUCAGGGGGGAGGUGGUGAUGUUUGGGGAACAAAUGUUGGAGUUGUAAAGCAGAACUAAAGCACGUUGUGUUUACUUUCUCUGAUUGCAUGAAGAAAGCUUAUUACAUCCAAAGAUGGCUGAUAACUUUAUUUACUAUUAUUUAUCUAUUGAUGUAUUUAAUGUAGAAUUUUAGGCAAGGUCUUGUCCUAGUUUGUACUUGUAUUGUUUUUGUAACAUGCAGGACUUUGCAUGUACUAGAGUGCUUGUUUAACUUAAUAGCCUGCAUCUUUUUUAUGUGCUGAAUAUAGCCAAUAAAUUCAACUAUUGUGUCAUAAUAACGCUGACAUUGCAGUAUUUGUGUGUGACUACAUAUCAGGUUCACAAAUCAGACAUCAACUUAGUUCAGUCUAGUCUGCAGAGAGCUGAGGCCCUCUAGCGGCCUUUAAUAAUAUUGCAUCCUCUCACAAAUACACCGUCUUUCUUUUCUCUUCGUGUUGCUCCUUUAUUUGAAACAAAAGUACUGAACAGAACAUUUAUUUGUUUUUGAAAUGUCAGAGAUGGACAUUUGUUCCUUGCAAAUCAUCAUCUCUCGCUAUCUCUCUCUUUCUCACACAGUCGCUUUCUCAUUCAUUCGGUCAUUUCGAGAUAUCUGGAGCAAAAAAAAAACAAAACAAAAAAACCCCUAUAACUCAGUACUGAUUUACAAUCAUUCUAUCAGUCAGUCAUUCAUUGGCAAAAAAAUAAAAGUACAAAUA